AAUUUCUGAUUCGUAGUUUUUGGACUAUGGCUAAAUGGCGGUGUCAUAUAUCAUGCUCUGCUGUUUAUGACAAUCCGUAGCCAUAGUCUAUAAAAAGCGGGGUUUCAUUUGAUUCACGGUGAUUAUAGCACCCUACCUGACAAAAACGGAGCCCUGACGUAUAUAACUGUGCAAGAUAAUCGACGUAAAACUAGACGUACAAAUACAAAACUCAAAAGUGUACCUCCUCUAAAAUGUCUUUUCACAAGAGUUUGGAGCACAAAUACGCCCCUGUUCCAGAAGACAGGAGAAUACAGACGCUACCAUUCCUGCUUGCGAGUACAGAGUCAAUCUUACCUGUUAUUGAUAUGUUGGGACCGAAUGCAUUUGCCUUCGUGAAAUCCGACGUCAACGGAAACAUGAAGAGAGUAAGAAAACGAUACGACGAAGAUCCUGAAAAGUUCAGCACGUUAGCAGACAUUAUCGAAAUAGAUGUAAAAGAAAAUAAAGGUUUGAAGAGCAACUCAACGACAGAAGCGCUACUCUGGCUAAGCAGGGCGCUGAAUUUUAUCUGCACAAUUUUGAAGAAUGUCAUCGAGGGAAACGUCAAGGACAACAGCAUCAUACCAGCGCUGUCCACAGCGUACAAAGCCACGCUAGAAGGCUACCACAGCUGGUUUGUCAGGAAAGCAGUAGAACUCGCCUUCCAUGCGGCACCGUACUACACCGACCUCAUCUCAAAAUUGUCCAAUGGGGAAUCACAAGAGGUCGUGCUGAAAGAUAUACGAGAAUACGACACAUGCUUACAGGAACACGUCAGCGCUAUACAGGAACUCUUUAUAGCCAACGGACUCGACCCAAAGAAGUAAAUCUGCAUUUUUUUAAAAUUAAAUGACCUUUAAAAUGAAUUUUUCUCUCCAACCAGUUUGUGCAGAUAUUUGUGUCUCUCAAUAGUAAGAAGUCCUUUUUUAACUUCAGUUUUUAUGAAGUGCCUAUUUUCACUAUAUAACGUCUCCAACCAUCCGUGGUAUUUCCCGACAACUGAGGGCGCUGUUGCUGUGAUGUCAGUCGAGGCACUUGCUGUACAUCUUCUGCAUUCCCUUUACAAAAAUUCUGAAUCGAAACAUAGCAUAUUGACUUUAAAAUUAUGAAGAACUUACCAAGCAUUGACAAUACAAAAUUGUGGCAAAUUCUGAACUCAAAAAGCUGUAGUUUACCGAUGCUUGACCAAGAUGACAUCACAGUUUAAAUCAUGAAUAUGGAAAUUCGGAUUAGCAUAAGUAAAAAACGGGAAAGAGUUCCAUACCUGGACAUCACUUGACACCCUGUGCACAAACCCUGUGAGACUGGUCUGAAAAAUCCUAAGUGUUUUCUCCAAUAGUUCUUCAAUAUUUUCCCUGCUAAAUUUGACUUUUUAGGACAUGUUUUCACUUUCUGAUGGCUGAUGUCACUGCAGGGAAAAAUUUGUGAUGUCAGUAUGUAAUUCUUUCCAAAAAUGCCCCGAAACAAAGUUUGAAUAGCAAUGCAUUGCAUCAGAGUGAAGUUAAAAAACAAAGUCGCAGUUUAAAAAAUCAAGCAAAUAAAGAAUCUAUUUCGCUCGCCCUUUUAAUAAUUUAAGUAAUACAACGGUUUCAAUGGCAGUGUGGAUAGUAUUAAUGAUAGUAUUAAGUAUUAUUAUAUCUGGCAGGCAUUUAAUGGAGAGUCAAUAAAUUAAGAUGUGUACAGUUAAGAGGUGGUAAACAAUUUUGUAAAACAAAAAUAUGGAUAUGUAGGUAGAUUUUAAGACAAUGCAUGUUUACAUUAGUGCUAUGCAUGCAUGUCUUGCAAGCGUACAUAUACACGAUUGUCUGUUGGGUUCAGUCACCAUGAACGCACACGCUACUCUUACUGCAACCCAUUGGUAGAAUUUCGACAUGUUUAUUGAAAGUAGCAAACGGUCUUGGUUUUGGUGUAUCUACAACAUGCUGUAUUACGAUACCUGCUUGUAUUAUGGUGCUUCAGUGGUAUACUUAUUCAAUACGUAUAAUGCAUGGGGUUUGAUGUCGGGAAAACUUACCCAAUCACAUGUAAUAUUGAGAAAGAAUUAGCAUAUCUUUAUUUUACAAAGUGACAAAACAAAUAACAUGUUUUAUAGAGGCUUAUACGAAAGCAAAUGUGCCAAUUUUGUUUGCAACAUACAAGAACUUCCAUAAAGAUUUGCCUGUUUGACUUUCAAUUUUACUGACAAAAUUAACAAUUUUAAGAUUUGUGGAAGGGAUAUGUAUGGAUUAUUAUUAUUUGUUUAUUAUUUUAAUUAUUAUUAUUAUUAUUAUUUUAACCAUCUUUAGUUCUAAAUACCAUUCGUGAUGCAGUAUUGAAAUUUUCAACAUCUAUAAAACCUGCAUUUAUGUGUGUGCAAAAUCCUUGACUUAAAUUUUACUGGCAACUUUAUUUUGUACACCAUUCAGCUUAAUUUCAAAUCAUGUAAAAGAACAAAUGGAACUUUUUAAAUAACCAAAAAUUAAUGUUUUUACACUAGAAUUGAAGAAAUGUUUUAAUCAGGAAAAUAAAUUAAGUAAAUAAUGUAUGGAAGCGUAAUUUUUUUAACAGUUAGUUUUAUGUGUAAUUUGGUAAAUUUGUGUGGUACAGUGUAAUAUGUAAUAUGCAAAAUUUAAUUCAGCUAAUUCCUAACCAGCUAGAGGUAUAGGCAAAAUUUCGUGGCUCUGCUUAACGUUAUCACGGUAGCAGAACUAUCUGUGGAAAUGGUUAGUACAUUUCACUGCUUAGCGAGGAAGAUGGGCUUGGGCAUGCUGCAUGCAUACAUCCCUUCACCAAGGAUUCUGUGCUUACAGGGUUAGCACACAAUGGUUAAGCACAGAAUUCUCGGUUUUGUAGGGUUUUGCAAGAUUUCAAAGGAUUCAGGACUCGUCAGCCCAUUCUCCAUUACUUUGCAUGGGGCUUGAUCGCCCUCGUUUAAAUACAAAUAAUGCUGUUGUAUAUUUGUUAGAUUUUGGUGGAUUGGGGGGGGGGGGGAUUUAACACACACAAAAACCGGUUAAGGCCAAAAUGUUAUUAAAAGGAAGUAGGGUUAACGUUUUAAGAAAUGUAAGUUUAAAAUGCGAAUUAUUUGUAACUAUGGUGUAGUCGUAAAUGGAAAGUAUCACUAGAUUUUGCCAAUUAAAAAAUACAUUUAAUUUAAAAGAUGUAACAUUUUUUU